ACUUCUUCCGGCUUCCUCAAGACGUACAUAAAAUCUGUCAAUAUGAAUAUUCUGGUCCUGUCCUUGCUGGUGGCUGUGACUGUGGCUGAGAGGCCGUCCUUCUCCUACGACGCCCCUGCACCACACGCAUCCUCGCCCGUCCAGCAGAUCCCCAUCAUCCGCGACGAGCGAGUCCAUCCUGCCGCUGACGGCACCUACAGCUUUGACGUGGAGACUGGGGAUGGCAUCGUCAGGCACGAGUCUGGCGGUCCAGGUGGCGCCCAGCAGGGAACCGUGAGCUUCACCUUCCCAGAUGGUCAAAUCUUCAAUCUUCAAUUCGUCGCCGACGCCAACGGCUACCAACCUCAAUCGCCCUUCCUGCCCGUGGCUCCUGCCUUCCCCCACCCCAUCCCCGCCCACGCCCUCGAGCAGAUCGAGCGAGGGCGUCUUGAGCAUGAAGCUCGCGCCCGCGGAGAGCAACGUCAGCCAUCAAGCCAGGGGCAAGCCACGCCUUCAAGCCAUUACGGUCAACCUCAGUGAAAUGGCCCUCUAUUGAACAUGUUCUUGUUUCCUGUUCCACCUUCAUGUUCAUCGUCCUGCUAUUUAAACGCGACAUGAUUGUUAUAUAUUAUAUGAUAUCUCAUAUUAAUUAAAUGCUAAUCUAAAGAUCUGA